AUGACAGAAAAUUAUAAACAAAUUUACGAAACUAAAGGAGAUUAUGACGUGAUUAUUUAUGCUGGUGAAGAGCCUAAUACUGAAGAAACCCAUGCUCAUUCUUUUGUUCUUCGUAAUAAAUCCGCUUAUUUUCGUGGAGCUUUUACUUCUGGUUGGGCAGUAAAAGAUCAAAAUUGUGGUUGCUUUACCUUUAAAAAGCCUAAUAUUUCAUCAUCAAUUUUUGAAAUUAUUCUUAAAUAUUUAUAUUGUGGUGAUGUAGAAAUUAAAAAUCUAAGAGGAGAAAUGAUCUUAGAGCUUUUAGUCGCCUCAGAUGAACUUGGUCUUACAACACUUAUUGACCAUGUUCAACAAUAUUUUGUCGAAAAUCAAAAAAACUUUUUACAAAAAGAUCCUGUAGGCAUGCUUCAUAUUGCUACUCUUCAUGAAGCUUUUAACAAGAUCGAAGAGUUUUCUUUGGAAUUUAUUUGUGAAAAUCCUGAGAUUUUGUUUGAUUCAAACAAGUAUCUUUCAUUAGAAGAAAAUAUAUUAAUAAUGAUUCUUAAGAAUGAUGGACUUGGUAUGGAUGAAAUUGAAAUCUGGGAACGAGUAGUAAAAUGGGGAAUUUUUCAGACUAAGGGACUUAAAGAUGAUGUUACUAAAUUCAACCAGUAUGACUUUGAAUUAUUGGAGAAAACAUUACAAAGAUGUAUUCAAUAUAUUAGAUUUCAUGAUAUAAGUAUGGUCGAUUUUCACCAAAAAGUAUUACCGUAUAUGCCUAUCCUACCAAAAAACCUAUACGACGACAUUUUACGCUGCUAUAUGAUUCCGGACGCAGUACCUCUUUAUAAUGUAUUUCCCUCCAGUCAUCCAAACAUACUAGGUUAUGGAGUAAAUCAGAUAAAAAUUGAAGAUUAUGAAGUGUUUCAAGUUAUUAAAAAAUGA